AUGACAGGCACAAACGGUCUCAACGGUGUCAACGGCGUCAAUGGCAUCAAGGCGCCCAAGCCUGUUUUUCCCGCCGAGGCGGCCACACAGGAGUAUGCCGCUUCUCUCGAUAAGGCUGAUCCAGUGCGCCAGAUGCGCGACGAGUUUAUUAUCCCGUCCAAGGCCAAUCUCGCCAGCAAAAAGCUGGCCAAGCCAGGCCUUUCAUCUGAGCCUAGUAUCUACUUCUGCGGCAACUCACUGGGCAUUCAGCCCAAGGUGACAGCUAAGUACAUGGAGGCGCAGCUCGACACAUGGGCGUCCAUCGGCGUCUGCGGCCACUUCACCGACAUUGAAGAUUCCCCGCUGUCGCAGUGGCAGCUGCUCUCCGAGCAGGCGUCAGCUUCCAUGUGCAAGAUUGUAGGCGCCGCGCCAGAAGAGGUCGCUGCGAUGGGCACGUUGACGACCAACCUGCAUCUUCUGCUGGCGAGCUUCUACAAGCCCACAGAGACCAAGAAGAAGAUUUUGAUGGACUGGAAAGCGUUCCCCAGUGACCAUUACGCUAUUGAAUCACACCUUGCCUGGCACGGUCUGGACGCCAAGCAGAACAUGGUCCUCAUCGGCCCCGACGAGGGCACGUACGAGAUCGCCACUGAGAAAAUCCUCUCAUACAUCGACCAACAUGCCCAUGACGCUGCUCUGCUUCUCCUCCCAGGCAUUCAGUACUACACUGGCCAGCUCUUCGACAUCCCCACGAUCACCAAGUACGCGCAGGACCGCGGGCUCACCGUGGGCUGGGACCUGGCUCACGCCUACGGCAACGUCGAGAUCAAGCUGCACGAGUGGAACGUCGACUUCGCCGUCUGGUGCACGUAUAAGUACGGCAAUUCCGGGCCCGGCGCGAUGGGCGGCCUCUUCGUGCACGAGCGGCACGGCCAAGUCGACUACAGCGAGGGCGAGGAUUCGCCCAAGUUCCGGCACCGUCUGACCGGCUGGUACGGCGGCGACCGAUCCGUGCGUUUCAAGAUGGACAACAAAUUCAAGCCCAUCCCCGGCGCUAACGGCUUCGUCAUCUCCAACCCCUCCGUCAUCGACCUGACCACGCUCUGCGCCUCGCUCUCCGUUUUCGACAAAACCACCAUGGCAGACCUGCGCCAGAAAUCCUUCAAGUUAACCGCGUACCUGGAGUACCUCCUCCUGAAGGAUACCACCGACGCAGACCGCCAAUUCACUAUUAUCACCCCGUCAGACCCGCACGCCCGUGGCGCACAGCUUAGUGUCCUACUCAAGCCGGGGCUCUUGCAUAAGGUGGCCCAGCGACUGCAGGACGCGGGCAUUAUUUGCGAUAAGCGCGAGCCGGAUGUUGUGCGCGUGGCGCCGGUGCCGUUGUACAACACGUUUUUAGAGGUGUUUACGUUUGUACAGGUUUUCAAGGGCGCUUUGUCGUCAUGA